GCUUUUACUUGUUCCGAUACCGUUACUUGCUCGAUCCGUAACAUUUCGGAAAGUUUAAAGAAUUUCGCACAUAUCUCCGUGUGGAAAUCAGGCAUAAAUAUUAUCCCGCCGGACGCGCCGCAGUCUGAUCUACAUUCUACACAUCUCUCUAUACGUAACGACGCGCUCGGCGAGCCGCACCGAAUGCACCUGGCAGACGAUUCCGAAAGUUAUUCCGGAAAAAUGCCUUCCUACUGCCAGCGUCCCUCGCACGGUUGACCUGACGCGAUGUCCGACUCGAACUCGCCCAAAACUGACACGAGUAGCUCCAGCCUCCUGCGGCGAUUCCGUUUUCAAAAAAAACAAACGAAGACCAUGAACAUGUCGGACGAGGACAGUAACUUGGUAAGUUCUGACGCUCAAGUUCGCCGUAAGCCCGUGAAUCGUAUUGAGGACAGUGACAGCGAUAUUGGUAGUCCAACUAAUAAUUGUAAGCCAAGUUCGGACUGUAACGCCAAAGGUAAAGAGAAUAAGUUAAAGUACCUGACAACUUUGUAUCCACAGAACGAUGUAAUACAUAUACAGGAAGUACUUAGAAGUACCAAUUGGAAUGUCGAGGAGGCGGAGGAGGCGCUUAAAAAAAAUAGGAAAAGAAAUUUGGAGGAUCCAGUGAAGAAAACUAGCAAAAAGAAAAGAAGAAAAUUAAAUGUAGACGAGGAAGUAGACAUUGAUUCAGAUGAGGGCGAUUAUAAAGAUAAAGUAUUUAAUAGUGAUGAGGAUUCGGAUAUAGAGAUAUCCAAUGAGCUCACAGGUGAUAAAAAGGCAGUUUUAGAAUUUAUGCGGACUGCCCUACCUUCGGAACUGCUUUUGAUGUCUCAAUGCUCUCAAAAAAGAGCCUCCGCGAUUAUACAGGCAAGACCGUUUGAAGAUUGGAGAGACUUGGUGAAUAAAUUUCAAAAUAUAAAAUACUUAGACACCGAAUUAUUGAAUGCAGCUCAGGUAUUACUAUCUACACGGCAUGUGGUGGAACUUCUCAUGAAAAAAUGCCUUCGCUUGUCGACUAACAUGGAAAAAGCUGUGGCUGCUGGUGCAUCGACCAUAACAGAGCAGCCAAAGACGUUAUCGUCAAAUUUGACACUGGCUCCGUAUCAAAUGGUUGGCCUAAACUGGCUUGCUGUAAUGCAUGCACAGAACGUAAAUGGUAUACUAGCCGACGAAAUGGGUUUAGGAAAAACGGUGCAGGUGAUAGCAUUUCUCACAUAUCUGAAGGAAGCUGGUCUUCUCGACGAAAAGGAUGGGCCUCAUUUAAUUGUCGUUCCCAGUUCGACUAUGGAAAAUUGGAUGGACGAGCUAGAAAGAUGGUCACCCGGCUUGAAAGUCGUUCAGUAUUACGGCUCUCAGGACGAACGAAAAGAGAUGCGAAUGGGUUGGCGAAACGGCGACCUCGACGAUGUCGAUGUUUUGUUAACUACGUAUAAUUUAAUCUGUAGCACUCCAGAGGAGCGUAGACUGUUUCGCGUUAUGCCGUUGAAUUAUGUAAUUUUCGAUGAAGCUCACAUGCUUAAGAAUAUGAGCAGCGUUAGAUACGAAAAUCUUGUCAGGAUUAGUGCUAAACGUCGAAUUCUAUUGACUGGCACACCUCUACAAAAUAAUUUAUUGGAAUUGAUAUCUUUAUUAAUAUUCGUAAUGCCUUCGUUGUUUGCUGGAAAACAAGCCGACUUAAAAAGCUUAUUCUCCAAAAAUAAUAAACUACCAGAUAAGAAAAACGGAGAGCAGCCGUUAUUCGAAAGAGAGCAAGUUAAAAAUGCAAAGGAAAUUAUGCGGCCGUUCUUUCUUCGACGACUUAAAGUUGAAGUUUUACGCGACCUGCCCUACAAGAAAGACGAAAUAAUACGAUGCGCAUUAAUCGAAAAGCAGCGAAAUAUGUACGAUAGAUUAGUCGCACAAUUUUCAGCAGAGGCCAGCGAAAUUACGGAUGUUAACGGUACCGGCAUGAUGAUGCAGUUGAGAAAACUCGCCAAUCAUCCUCUUCUCGUUCGCGAUUAUUACGACGAGAAAAAACUGCGGACUAUAGCGAGUAGACUGGCGAAAGAGCCAGGUUACAAACAGAAGAAUCCGGAGUACGUCUUUGAAGAGCUGAUAUGGGCGUCUGAUUAUCAGAUAAAUCAAUUAACCCGUGUAUACAAAAGCAUAGCCGGAUUCGGCUUGCCCCAGGAACUUAUUCCUCAGGCUGGCAAAUUAAAGGAACUCGACAAGUUGCUACCACAAUUGAAAACGGACGGUCAUAGGGUGCUCAUAUUUAGCCAGUUUACUAUGGUGCUAGACGUGCUCGAAGAAUAUUUAGCUAUAAGGGGACAGACAUUUUUAAGGCUAGACGGCAGUACACCUGUGACCGAGAGGCAGUCUCUUAUAAAUCAGUAUACACAAGAUCCAAGUAUAUUCAUCUUUUUAUUAUCAACAAGAGCCGGAGGUUUGGGGAUCAACUUAACUGCCGCCGAUACGGUUAUAAUACAUGACAUAGAUUUCAAUCCCUACAAUGACAAACAAGCAGAAGACCGAUGCCACCGUGUGGGGCAAACGAAACCUGUCUCUAUAAUAAGAUUACUAAGCGAAGGCACAAUAGAGGAAGGCAUGUACGAGAUAGCGCAAGAAAAAUUGCAUCUCGAACAACAAAUUACUGGAGGUGGAGAAAAUGAAAAUGCGGAUAAGAAGUCCGUUAUAAAAUUAUUAAAGAUGACUAUAAGCCAGGAUGUUCACAAUAAAUCCCUGUCAUCGAAAAAUUCCAAUAAAGAAAACGACGCAAUAGGAAAUGAUGAAAAUUUGUAACUAAGGGAUUCGGUUCCCAUUUUUAAUAAUCAUGAUUUUGAUAUAUUCCAAUUUAUCUGUACUGUACUGAUCGUCAUAAACACACGAGGGAUAAAAGCAUCAAUGUAUUUUGUAAAAUGUAAAGGGUCACGUUUUUAACUUUCAAUCAACGAUUUCAAUAGAAAUAUACAUCACAAUUUGUAGACCUUCUAUUUAUAAUGUGCGCUGUGGAAUAUUUCCUUUUUUAUUAUUUUGUAUGUCUCAAUAUUAAAUCAUUCCUUUAUUUAUCUA